UUCUAGUUAGCUGGAAGAUUCGGAAGACAAGAAAAAAAUAUUGCUAGAAGGUCUUUUGAAGGCUACCGUAUUUAUAGUCAAAUAUAUCGUGAGAACUAAGAAAUAAAAAACGCAAAGUCCGCUGGUUACAUUCCAAUCCUAUAGUUGACAUUCACCGAAUAAGAAGAAAUAACGCUAAAGUGAAUAGUUCGACACGAGAAAUGAAGAUGACAACAGAUUCAGUCGAGGACGACAGUAAAAAUGUUUUAGAGAUGCGGUAUCAGACAACUGUGAUGUCAGGCCAAUACUGGAAGAGUCUGGGCGAUUACGCCAAAGAGCAGGCGGCCCAACUUCGGCAACUUGAAAAGAAGAGCGUCGAUGAGGCCAAGGUUCAGAAGAAGGAGUUGCAAUCUCAUUACGGAAAGUGGCUUGCGUGGUUGCUUAGUUUCCUAAAAUUCACUCGAAGAAAAACGUUCGUACUUAUAGGCGGAGAUUGGGUCUUUCUCGCUCUACUCGGAAUAUUAAUGGCUAUUCUCAGCUUCACCAUGGACUUGGGAAUUUACGCGUGUUUCACUACUCGACUUUGGAUCUACAAUCGCUUCAGAAUCAAUCCAGCUCUUCAAUUCUUUACCUGGUUUACGUUGCCCGUCCUACUCGUCCUUUUUUCAACCGGCUUCGUAUUUAUUGUUUCACCGCAAGCAACAGGCUCGGGGAUUCCGGAAAUGAAGACCAUCAUGCGUGGUGUAGUCUUGAAGGAAUAUUUAACAUUUCGUACUCUAAUCGCCAAAACAGUUGGACUUACAGCUGCAUUGGGUUCUGGAAUGCCUUUGGGAAAAGAGGGUGCACUGGUUCAUAUCGGUGGUAUUGUCGGUACACUUCUCUCAAAGCUAUUGACGUCAUUUAAAGGAAUAUACGGAAACGAGUCACGAAAGACCGACAUGUUGGCCACUGCUUGUGCUGUGGGAUUGUCUUGUAGCCUCGGUGCUCCUUUCGGAGGAGUGCUAUUCAGUAUUGAAGUAACUUCUGUCUAUUUUGCAAUUCGAAACUACUGGCGUGGGUUCUUCUCAGCGGUUUUCGGCGCUCUAAUGUUUCGGCUUCUUGCUUACUGGUCCAAUUCAGAGGGAACACUCACGACAGUAUUUCCAACAAGUUUCCAAGUUGAUUUCCCUUACGAUCCUCACGAGUUAUUUAUUUUUGCACUUGUUGGUGUGUUUGGCGGUCUAUCGGGUGCCGUCUUCGUUUUAUUUCACCGGCGGUACGUCCUAUUUAUGCGCAACAAUACAAGGAUCAGCUCUUUCCUCAAAUACAAUCGCUUCAUUUAUCCGAGCAUCGUGUCUGUCCUUAUUGCCUCACUGUUUUACCCGUCGGGUUUCGGCCGUUACUUGGCCACCACACUGUCGACAAAGCAACAAGUCGGCGCCUUGUUUGCCAAUUUUACGUGGCUAAGUGACGAUUUGUCGGUAGAGCAAGCGGAACGGCUCUCGCAUUGGGAUGUAGCAAACACGAAUCUCUUCGUAGGCCUCGGAAUUUUCAUGAGUGCUAACUUCUUUUUGAGCAUCCUUGCUUCAACGUUGGCUGUCCCCAGGGGUAGCCUCAUUCCCAUUUUUAAAGUGGGUGCUGCUUUUGGAAGGAUGAUUGGCGAAGCCAUGUAUCUUUGGUUCCCGGAAGGCAUCCUCUGUGGAAAUUUGCAUUCUAUUCUACCAGGAGGUUACGCUAUUGUGGGAGCAGCAGCCUUCUCGGCGGGUGUGACUCACACGGUUUCUAUCAGCAUAGUCGUUGUAGAAAUGACCGGACAGAUCCAGCACCUCAUCCCCAUUCUAGUGGCCGUUAUUGUGUCGAAUGUAAUAUCCACUCUUUUACAACCAUCGAUCUACGAAUCAGACAUCAUGAUCAAACAACUGCCCUAUCUGCCAUGCAUAAUUUCGUCUAGGGGCGCCAUUCACAGUAUUUUUGUCGAGGACUUUAUGAAUCGAAACGUCAAGUACAUCUGGCAUGGUAUAACGUUUGGUGAACUAAAGAAUCUAAUCGCAGAUAGUCAAGGAAUCCGCUCAUUCCCGUUGUUGGGUGACACGGAACAGAAGAUUUUGCUUGGUUCCGUUCAGCGCGUAGAAUUAAUGGCAUUAAUAGAGCGCCAUAUCGGUGCAGAGCGACGCCUAGAAGCCGCCGCAAAUCGUUACAUAGAAGCCAGAAAAAAUGAAAUAAGCCGAAGAAAGAAUUCGUCGUUUAUCGUUCCUCCAUUGGCUUGGCAAUCUGUAAUUCCCGAUCCUAAUGCGCCAAUUCGUCGGAAGGUAUCACGUUUCGAAGUAAUAACAUUUUCUGACGUCACUGCCACCGACUUUUCCGGAAUUGGAACUCAACAAUCUGAUGAGCGUUCACAGCUGGAGACAAUUACGCCUAAUUUGUCGUCCGAUUCUUUGAUAGUGACCGUCGAAUCCGACGAUAAAGUUCAGAGUGGCUUGUCUUUCGAACAAGGAAUCGGAAUGUCCCCGGAAGAAAGAGAAGAAUGGGAGGCAAGUGAAAUGCUCAAGGUGGUCGAGUUUAAGAAAGAUAUGAUCGAUCCUGCCCCUUAUCAGCUCGUAGAGCGCACUUCACUUCACAAAGUCCAUGCCAUAUUUUCCUUACUCGGAGUCCAACAAGCUUACGUCACUGCUCUCGGGAAACUAGUUGGCGUUGUUUCUUUAACGGAGUUGAGAAAAGCGAUUGAAAAUGCAAAUUCAGGUGUGUUAUCUUAGAAAACUAACGACCAAAUGUACCAUACAUCGCAUCAAAACCUGAAAACAACAUUAAGAACAUAAAAUGUUGUGUCUAUAAGCUGAAGUCAGCGCAUCCAAAUAAUAUUUAAGCUGAUUUGUCGACCGUAAAAGAUGUGAUUAAGUAGUACAAACUGGAAUUUGUGGUUUACCGCGACGCUGAAAUUGACAGGAAGGGUCUUUUUUGUUUUAUUCCUACAAUCCUGACUUUCCCAGUUACGUUCGUCGUCCUUCCUCCCACGUCCAAGAAAUCGAUCCGUUCAUUCCAAAACGUCAUUGGUGGUGGUUUUUACUUGAAUAAAAAUUUUUGUUGUCAUUAUUUUUUAUUUUUUGUCACGAAAUUAAUUAAUGAAUUAAGUGACGAACGA